CAAGUAGAAUAGUUGAUUGUUUCGGCAGGCCAGAGUGUCUCGAGUUUAGUCAAAGCCUUCCUAAGGAGCCGAAUGCAUAAAGGUUGUGUUUAAGUCAGAGUUACGCUCGCGUAGUAGUAUCAUCAUCAUUAAUCUGCGUCAUAUAGUGCUGUAAAGUGUUUGCCUUAAUAAUUUAAAUCGCCGUUUUUCAUCUCCCAAAAGCGCAGACAAACUAGCGAACACACGGGUGAAGAUUAAUUUUUAUCGAAAGAUUUGCACGUACACACGUGCCUUAAGCUCGUUAUUUAAGUGAUCCUAGCUUGGGAUCAAUAUUUUUGCAAGUACGUUUCAAUUUCUGCGUGUUUUGCACCGAUUUUAAACUGUUACAAACUAUUAUUUUGGGGAAGUAAGAAGAAGAAAAAAAACGAACGGUACGAACAUUUCUUUUCGUUUUCAUCUUGUUCGAGAUCAGAGGUCGUUGAACUAGGUCUUGCUAAGCACAUCAACACUGUCUCUCUCUCUCGUGUGCAUGUGUGUGAAUAAUAAGGCGCAAAUUCGAUACACUUUUGCAAAUAAAAUUGCCCAAAAAGCUUACCGACUGCAAAAGAAAGAAGAAAGCGAAAAGGGAACAAGUGCAACGAGUAUGAUGAAAUUCGUUAAUUCGGACACGACGACAAUGUCGUUGCGGCAUGGUGAACAAUAUGAAAAUUGUUCGGAGCUGCUUAUCGAAACAGAUAUGACAUCGCUCGAAGAAUUGGACCCAGCUAUCCUGAGCUGCGGUUUGCCGGCCAUCGUACUCAACGAGGAGGAUUUAACAACGACGAUGGGUACACCGACGGCGACGCAAAAUCCGCUUCCGUCGUCCCUGAUGGCUUCCUGUUCCUUCGGCGUCGCUACCGUCACCGCCGCUAACGUGAUCCGCUAUACGGUCGCCCAUUUGCUGGCCCUCAGAAAGAGCCCGUUCUCCCAUCGACGCCCGGCCGCAAUCGACGAUCCGCGUACGGCACUGUUUCCGAUAUGGAGCCGUACCGGGUUUAACCAUCAUCAGGACCGGGUACGCCGGGUGAGCGGUAGCGAUGAGGAUUUACUUCUCGGUGGCGGUAGUGGUGCUUACGGUCGCAAACCGAACGAUCGUCAACGCGACAAUGGCUUCAAUCCGCCAAGAUUUCGACGUAAUCAUGAGUUUAGCAACCGGAAUCAUCACGUAAUCGUGAAGAGCUACAAUGCAAGUGACCCGUGCGGUGGUGGACAAAGCGGUGCGAUGCGCCUACAGGAUACGAUCAUCGAGGAGGAACCGGAAUGGGUAGUCGCUGGUCCAACUUCCCGUCUGGACACGAUCGAAUUGCGUGGGUUUGAUGAAGAUAUGAGCCGCACCGUGGCGGAAUCGAUGAAGACAUCACCGCCCUGUGGAAAACAGCGCGGUGUCUUCUUCGACGAGCUGCUGCACUACGAACACGUACAUCCGAAGCAUGGUAAUAAACAUGACCUUUCGGGUGGUGCUGGUGAUGGGGAGAGUGUAUCCACGUCGAACAAUGGUUCUCCACCGCCGGCUCGCAGUACACCGACGAAGGGUGGUCCAGACAUGAACAACAACAGCACCGGCCAUGGAAGGAAGCUAUCCGGUAUGGCGACAGGCUCUUCCUCUUCCGUUAGUGGUGGUGUGAAUGUUACCAACUUUGAGGAACUCAUGAAAUUUGAUUCGAUCCUCGGCGAUUCGGGUGAAUCCACUAGUUCCCGGUUCAAUAAGUACUACCAUCGUGGAACCGGUGGUGGAGCUGCUUCCUCCGGGUCUGGGACUGGAGGAGGACAUCAUUAUCAGCAUCAUUACUCGCAGCAGCAGCAGCAGCAGCAGCAUCAGCAACAUCACGUUCGUUUCGCACUCGAUCGGAACACCCAUCAUUACAACAACACACAACAGCACCGGCAGGCCGGUUCGGGUCGUUUGUCUGCUUCGGCUCUUCAGCAUCCACCUGCCGGGGUCGAACCGUUCUUCCCCGGUACCAGCGGUUCCGCGCCCGCCUCCUCCUCACCGUCCCCCGGUGACGCAAAGUCCUUCCAACGCCUGCUGGAAAUGUUAGCCGCCCAAAACCAGCGCAAUUAUCAACAGCACCAGCAACACUACUUACUGCAGUUAUUGCAAAACUGUCAAGAGACGGAAACGCUUCGUCAGAUGCUACUGAAGAAAUGUUCCCUAGAGAAUGCAACCGCAGCCGCUUCCGCUAACUUUGCAGGCGGUCAGCAAAACCAGCGCAUUCCAACGCAAGCCGAAUUGCAGCAGCACACGCAAUCCAUCAUGAAGCAGGCACUGUUGCGUAAGAAGAUUGCCGAACAAAGCCGCUAUUUGCUGGAACAGCAGCAACAGAUCGGUCAGGAACCGAUACCGGCUGUACAGCAGCUUAUACAGUCAAUCUGCCCGAACGUACAGCGCAGUCUGUCGGCCUUGGCCGGCAAUGGAUCGACGCCGCAUGUUGGUACGGAUGGUAGAAACGAACCCGGUUCUGUAGGAGGCAGCCUGUUUGCUGGGGGAAAUCGUGUCCAAAUGAGACCUUUAAACAGACGCUACUAGCAGCUGGGCCAAAACACCCGGAAGAAGGCGAGGAAGGGCGUUUCCUGAGUAAUGUAUUGCGGUUUGCUUGUUUAGCUACUCGCUUGCAAGCUAAUGGACCCAAUCGAAAGAUUUUGCAUUUCAUUUUAUACUACUUUCAUUCGGAAUUAUCAUUUUCUAAUUCCACACAAACACACAUACUCGCACACUGAAGGCAGAUGUUUGAUUUAAUUAUUGAUCGUUGAAUUCAUCCUUCAUUUUAUAAAGUGUACUACUCACUCUACUACUGCCUGUCUUUGUGUUAUGUGCGUUUUUUUUGCUUAAGGAAAUAUUGGAAAAUGAAUAUGUAUCACGGGCAGCCUCAUUAGGGCAAUAUGUGUUAGGGCAGCCUCAUAGAUUUAAUAACGAUCAGUUUAAUUGUUUAUUGAGAGCACCACUGCGACAUUCAUUUCGUUGAUGCUGUUGAGGGAAAUUUUCUUCAAAUUGAUUCUUUUUUUUGUGGUAAAACAAUACCUAAAACAGUUAAAACUGAUCCUCCGCUCGUUAAAAGUUUAAUGUUUUGUGUUCUAAAGCCGAUAGAAAGGUCCACAUGGCCAAUCACGUUCCUGGCAUGUGUACAUAUUCGAACCAACGGAUCGAUUUUCCGUAAGUUCACGGUGCAAUAUUUUAAUGUAUUAUUUUUCCACUUUAUGUAAAUCACGAAACACGAAGAUCAGCAAACUAUUUUCGUAUGUACGAUCGGUUCAGGCAACCAGAGCUUCUCUUUAGAUGUAAUGUACUAAAACAUAACUAACGUUUUUCCCCCCUUUAUCAGGUUGGAGAGGUAUGAAGGUAUAGUAAAAGAGCAGUGGCGCAUCAGUUUGCAAGGUUAGUAAAUGAGCAAUUUUACGUCCCAACUUUCCGAUAGGCUGCUAACAUACUUUAUCACAAACUUUCAUUAAAUGUAAAACAAUUUGUCAUGUUUGAUUGUUUUUUUUCUGCGACAAAAAAGCGAAAGCGCAGAGCUUGGUAAUGUUUAUUUUCCUUUGAUGAUUUCGACAACGUUAGCUAAGUGUAGGUAGUGUUGCAGGGUCACAGCAUAUAAGGGAAGUUUAGGUCGGAGCAUAUUUGAAAUCAAAAUGUUUGUGUGAUUGUUUCCGUUAGCACAGGUGGAUGGAUUUUUUUCUUUUUCAAUUUCAAAUAAAAAUGAUUAUAUGUGCGCGUU